AUGGCCAUGGCCCAGCUCUGGGCUUCCCUCCCCUCACUAAUAUCCCCCGUGCACUGUACCCCUAGGAUCUGGGGAUGGGAACAGGCGGGAGCGCAGCCAGGGUAUAGAAAUGGGCUGGCAGCUGGAGCCUUCCUGGGCCAAGGGCCUCAGCCAGGGUACCUGCCAGGAAACAGGCUGGGACUCCCAUCAGGAUACAAUGGAAAUGGGUUAGCAGUCCAGCCAGGUCCCUGCAAUGGGAGGGUUGGUCCAACGCUUCUCCCCAGGUCUCCCACUCCAGGGACCCCUUCAGAUAAAGGGGUUGGCUGGGGCCCGAAAUCCCAACCCCCGCCCCCAGUGCAGAACGGCAAGUCCCCAGCCCCGACCCCUGCCAUCCAGUGGGGACUGAAGUCUCAGAAAGCAGGUUCCCAGCCCUCCAAUGGCCAUGGACCUGGACCAGAACUGGGCUUUGCUGGUGGCCUUGAGCUGCAAAAAGUUGGUUUCGGUUUUGGGAAUGGAGUUCUGGGAGCUGGGAUCUUCCCGGACGAGGCCCACCUGCAGCCAGGUCUGACAGGAACCCUGCAGGGCUCCCCAUGGCUGGACUUCCAGCCCCAGGGAACUGGCAUGAAGCCAGGCUACAGAUACGCGGGUCUUAGAAGCCAGCCAGGGGGCCCUGGGCUGAAGACAGACCCCAGGGGCCAGCUGGGAAAUGGUUAUGAAGGUGAGAAGAGCCAUGGUGGCCCACACUGCCCCAGGGGCCUCAACUGCCACCCCUCCAGCUGAGGAAUCAGGCACUUGGACUGCUGAGGGAUGACCAGAGACCUUGCCAGUACCCAACCCUUCCAAGUCCCCAUUCUGCCUCUUCCUAGACCACUGCCUUCCAGGGAAGUGCUGAGCACCAGAGCCUGUGUCCUGGCCAUCCUCAGUGCGUCUGCACCACAGCCUGGCCCGAAGGAUGUGGAAGACGAGACCUUGAGUUUUGCCUGUGGUGCCGCUUGGCCUGGGAUCUCCAACCAGCUGAAUUAUGAAUAAAUGCCACAUGCUCCCCAGUUCGCCUCUGUGUGCCAUGAGGAGUGGGAUGAAGGCGGCAGGGGUUGGCAGCCACAGCCCAGCUCCUCAGUUGUUCCUUCACUUACUUGUCCAAUGCUUAUGAGGUUCCAUGCCAGGGUCUGUGCUCCAGGCAGGAGACACCGUGACAAUAAACCAGAGUCGACACUUGCCCUGGGGAGGGGAGUCACUUGGGCCCAGUCUAGGGGGCUUGUGGCUGGGCUACUUAGCUCAAUAGUAGAGCACAUACUUGCAAAGCUCAAUGUGGUAGGUCACACCUAUAACCCAGCACUUG